AUGGCAACCGCAACAGGAAUUCCAGAGGCUAUUCCGGACACAUUGAUGCAUCCCCGUGAAGAUCAGCGAGACGGGGUUGGAGAAUACGAGCCCCUCCUCGGUCGUCGUGGCGAUGCGUCCCAGGUUGAGGGGCAGGCCCUUUACCGCAAUAUCUUCCUCGGCACCGCAGUAAUCGCUCAAGCUGGCAUCAUCCUCCUAGUCGCAUCCGUAUGGGCAAACGUCUUCCUGCACCGGUUGAUCCUCUUCUCAGCACAUCCGCUUCUCAACUCAGCGGGCCUGCUAGCAAUCACGCAAUCCAUCCUCGUCCUGCAACCCACCCACACCGCACAACAGAAACGCCAGGGCACAAUUACGCAUUUCACGAUCAACAAUCUCUCGAUCGAUGCGCUGGUAGCUGGCCUGGUGAUCAUCGAAUACAACAAGAUAUCCCAGGGCUUUUCGCAUUUCAAAUCUGCCCACGCAAUCCUCGGCCUCAUCACCUACGUCCUGCUUGCGGUCCAAGCUUUCGUCGGCGCCACGGCAUACUUCGUCCCCCAGCUCUACGGAAGCGUAGACAAGGGGAAGUCGCUGUACAAAUGGCAUCGAGCUACAGGAUAUCUCAUUCUUGUGAUGAUGCUUGCUACGAUGUGUGCGGCGACACAAACAGACUACAACCAGACCACUCUGGGUAUUAAAUUGUGGGCGGUAUUAGUCUCAUCUAUCUUGAUCCUUAUUGGAGUUCUACCCAGGAUCAAGAAGCAGAAGCUUGACUUUAGUUAG